UCAACACGUGUUUCUUUUGUUCUCUCUAAAGCCCAAGAAGCACAUAUCCACUUAUAGAGAGAGAAAAAAAAAAAAGAACUCUCCUUAUGAAAAUGUUUUGUUCCUCUAUAACCAGCUUUCUGCUAUUCCUUUCUUCUUUUGGUGUCCUCUUCAGUACAACAAUCGCUUUGGUGAAGCUGCCUCCGAAUGAAACUGUGCCGGCAGUUAUCGUCUUCGGGGAUUCCAUCGUUGACGCCGGGAACAACAACCAUAUCACCACGGUGAUCAAAUGCGACUUCCCUCCUUACGGGCGAGAUUUCAAGGGUGGAAUCCCCACAGGAAGGUUUUCCAAUGGAAAAAUUCCCUCUGACUUGAUAGCUGAAGAACUGGGAAUUAGAGACUUUAUUCCAGCCUACCUGGAUCCAACACUGCAACCUGAGGAUCUCCUAACCGGUGUAACCUUUGCUUCUGGCGGAACUGGAUAUGAUCCUCUCACACCAAAAUUAGCGUCAGUUAUAUCGCUAUCGAAGCAGUUAGAUUACUUUAAAGAAUACAUAGCUAAGCUGAAAGGUCUUGUUGGAGAAGAAAAAACAAACUUCAUCUUGGCCAAGAGCGUGUAUCUUUUGGUAUCCGGAAGCGAUGACAUUGCCAACACCUAUUUUGUACUCCGGGCUCGGAAACUGCAGUAUGAUGUUCCUGCUUACACCGAUCUUAUGGUUAAUUCCGCUUCCGAGUUUCUCAAGGAACUGUAUGAACUGGGGGCUAGGAGAAUUGGAGUGUUCAGCGCCCCGCCAAUCGGAUGUGUGCCGUCACAACGAACGUUGGCCGGAGGAAUAGAAAGGGAUUGUGCGGAAAAUUACAAUGAAGCAGCUACAUUGUUCAACAGCAAACUAUCUCCAGAAUUGCAUUCCCUGGCAGGAACCUUACCUGGUAGCAAACUUGUUUACAUAGACAUCUACAAUCCUUUGCUCGACAUGAUCCUCAACCCUCAAAAAUACGGAUUUGAAGAAGCAACCAAAGGGUGCUGUGGUUCGGGGAAACUAGAAGUGGCAGUACUAUGCAACAAGUUGGUUCCAUCCACAUGUGCAGAUGAUUCCAAAUAUAUAUUCUGGGACAGCUACCAUCCCACGGAAGCGGCAUACAGGGUCCUCAUUUCUCAAUUGAUCGGGAAGUAUGUCAACGAUUUCUUCUAAGACAGAUGAUCCAUAAAAUAAAAUUUUUUUUUUUUUUUGAAAAAAAGCUGCGUUCUCUUUCACACUAGUACUUGCUUAAGAAGGUUUAUAAUGGAACUUAAUCAUAUUUAUCUUGGAGAAAUCAUAAUUGUUCGAAGUUUAUGAGGAAUUAAUAUUGGUUUUCCUGCAGUGAAUUCAAAACUUUAUUGAGGCUAAUUCAUUUCUCUGUAGUAUUAUAUACUUUGUCUUUAAUGUAAAUCGUUUGGUGGGACACGAGUAGAUUUUCUUUUU